UGUGGAGCCUCAGUAAAGCCAAGCAACAGCCGGAGGAGAUAAGACACGCGGAAACAGCUAACGGUGAUAAAAAGGUGGACAUCUUCUGUUGGACUAUACCGGACCAAAAACAACCAGCUGCCGAAGGAAGACCGCUGUUUUUUAUUAUCUUGUUGUUGUUGUUUUUUUUUUUUUAAAAAAAGCGACAAACAACUUUUUACUGUUGUUUUUUGUACCUGAACGGACAGCCAUGCUCACCCUGUGCCUCCUGUUGAUUUUAUCCGCCUCCGUGUUCUCAGAGUCGCAGGUCAGGGAGACGGAGACGUGGAUGCCCAUGAAGACCACGCAGACCGUCGCCAUGUCGACGCACGCCACCGACGUCGAGGCGUCCGGAGACUCGGCAAACGGGUCGGACUUCGGCUUCACGGACGACGAGGAUGAGUACGAGGAGAACGAGGACGACGAAGACGGGUUCAACUACUACUACGAGGACAACUGGUACGACGAGGACGACGAGGACGAAGAGGCCUCCGGGUCUGGAGACGGAGCAACAACCGUGUCUCCUGGUAGAGAGUCCAAACCCUCAGAGAAGCCCGACAUCGACAACAAGAUCCCCGAGCCGGAGGUUCCGGUGCGACCAACUGUCAACGAGGUGGACGUCGUCCAGAAGAGCAACGAGAUCCCAUUUUUGAGGAAGGAGCCCACAGACGAGUAUCCGUCCAACGUCCUAAUGUCCCACGCCGGAGAGGACAGCAUCUUCAACAAGACGGAGGUCCUGGCAGCUCUGAUCGCCGGCGGCGCCGUGGGUCUGCUGUUCGCCGUCCUCCUCAUCCUGCUGCUCAUCUACCGCAUGAAGAAGAAGGACGAGGGCAGCUACGACCUGGGAAAGAAACCCAUCUACAAGAAAGCCCCGACCACGGAGAUCUACGCAUAGACCUGACCUACAGACACACUCUCUCACACACACUCUCUCACACACACACAUGCACACGCACACACACACACACGCACACACCUCCCUUAUAAACCAAUCAGGGCCGACGUCCGGCCUCCCAGUGCCUCGUCACCUCCUCAUUGGAUAAAUCUGGAGCGACGCCCCGACGACACAAUCGAUCGACCGACUGACUCCUCCCACAUCCUACCUCCAACCAAUCAGAGGCUUUGUUUUUUUUUUUUGUUUUUGUUUUUUUUGGCGAGGAGCAGCAGGAGCGGUUUAAAAACACUUAAACGUUUUGUCUCUUCCGCUUAUUUAUUCUCGCCUUCAAGGACUUCUUAUUUUGACCAGAAAAGGUCCGUCGGUGUCGAUGAUUCCAGCUCGUGGUGGUUUUUCCUGAGGGAGGCUUGUUUCUGCACUGUGAGACCUUCAUGAAAAUCACCUUUUAAUUCUCCUCAAACCUCCCGUUCCUCCUUCAGUUCACCAGAUGAGUAAGCUAAGCUAAUCUGGAGUAAAAAUAAAACUCAGAAACCAGUCGGACCCAGGUCAGAACGAUCUGAAGACGCUGUAAAUCCACCGCCGUGCCUCACGGUUUGACUUCACAGGGACCUUUAAGGGCAGUUUGGUUGGUUUUCCUGCAGAAAGACGUUAGCUUAGCUUAGCAUAAAGACUGUACAGUUAAUGGAACAGGUAGCCUGGUUUAAAGUCUGCUAGCGCUUUUAAAACUAAGAUUGACACAAACACUAAUGUGUUGGUGUUCUGAUAAUUCUACUCCGAUACGUGCACAAAUUUCGCACGUGCACGCUGCUGCGUUUAGCCAGACAGGACACAAAACUCAAGCUCCACUUUAACAUUUUAUGUCAACAUUCAUCAAACUAUGGAUCCACUCAGACUUUUGGCAUCAAGUCAGUUAAAUCUGAACCUAAAAACAGUCGAUUCUAAGUCGACUGAAACACAAACGGCUGCUUUCCAUCCAGAUUUUACGUACAAAUGCGAAAUAAAUCUCGUUUUCUUGCAUCCAGAUGGUGCCAAUUCUCACAUCGGUUCCUCGCUUCUCUCAUAAUUUGCCAUUUUUAAAGCAAAAAUAUCUUAAAAACUGCAUUAGAAACGCAGAUUCAACUAAGAAUUGACACAUUUCAUCCUAUUACACUGAUAAAUCCAUAACUGGUGACUUUUAGAGGCUUCCUGUUUCCAGUGGAUAUCAGCAGAUGGAGGCUCAUUUCAGUCCAGUUAAAACUUAAAUUUAAUCAUUCUUAUCUGUAAUUUUUUCACAAAUUAAAACGUAAAUUUGCCCGUUGUUGCUGUUAAACAGAUUAAAGUUGCAUCUACUGUCAGUGCUGCGACUUUUUUCUGCUGCUUUUCGAUGAUUUUCUUUUAAAAUCAAGAAAUAUCACAGAAAAUGUGAAAAUAUUCAUUUAUUGCUGUCGGUGGCUUGCAGACAGAAACGGCAGGUUGCACCAAAUUCUCCUUAAACUCAUUUUUGUUGGAGUUUUAUUGCAUUAAAAACUUCAUUUUUAAUCAUUUUCUCUGAAAUGUUUCAUUUUUUUUAUGUACAUUCAUGAAAACUGGUUAAAAGAUGAAACUAAAACUAGUUUAAUUAUCUGGUCUGUAAACAAAUGAAACGGUUAGCGAGCUCUGCUAGCUGCUGCUGUCUGUUUUCAGUCUUAGUGCUAAGCUAGGCUAGCCAUAUAGAUGUGAGUUUUGAAGUAGCGUGUCAGCGAGCUUUGCUAGCUGCUCAUAUCCGUUUUCAGUUGAAACUCACAUCUGUUUGGUUAGCCUACCUUAGCUAUGCUCGGCUAGCCCGUCUGUUUUCAGUCUUUGUGCUAAGCUAGGCUAGACUAACCAUACAGAUGUGAGAUUUGAUGUAGCAUGUUAGCUAGUCGGUUAGCGAGUUCUGCUAGCGGCACCCAUCUGAUUUCAAUUGAAACUCACAUCUGUAAGGUUAGCCUAGCUUAGCACAAAGACUGAAAACCGAUUUUGGCUAAGCUAACCUGUCUUUGUGCUAAGCUAAGCUAGGCUAACCGUACAAUCUUUGCAUUUAAAACUGUAAUCUGCCAAAAAAAAAUGUGGAACUAAACGUUAAAUUCCUGCGACUAUUUUAGCAUCCAGGUGCUAAUUGAUAAAAUUUUGCUGUUUGACAGAACUUGGUACUUUUUUCUUUUUUUUUAUUUUAAUCGUGAGGUUUUUUUUUUCUCAAUAAGCUGCACCGACUGUUGGUUUUUCUCAUUUCAAUCUGGGUCUACGAGCGUCAAAGCGCUCACAUUUCUCUACCAAGGAUCUGUAAAUAGUCACUGAAAACACAAAAAAACUUAAACUUGGUACUUAGCUGCAUCCUGGCAACAGAAUUAUCUACCAAAUAUUUAAAUGCCAAAUUGUUUUUCCCUGCAGUAACGUUGAUGUGAUUUUACUGUAAAUGAGUUUUGAUACUGCCGACGCUGAUACUAACUCCUCUCCAGUGUUUUCAUCGUUUCUCCUCCAGUAGAUCAACUCGUUCCCUCUUUUUUUUUUUUGUAUUAAUUUAACUGUCAAAUGAUUUUAUUGCCUUUCUCCUUCAGGUUGGGGUGUUUCGGCCCUUUUUAAGCUGUUGUAUAUGUGAUUUAAAAGUUUUAUAUACACUAGUUUGAGAUUUUUCAGAGGCAAAUAGUUUUGAAACUUUUAUUUUGUAAGAGUUUCUAUUAUCUUUUAGAUGACUUUUUUUUUUUUUUUUUGCUUUUGUAUUUAUGUUUUGUUGUUGUCGUUUGUAGAAGGAUUGAUUAUGUGGUUCAUCUCGUUGUCGGGGGUAACCAGCAGACCUCGGGCUGAUUUCUAGUUUCAUCUAAAAAAAAAAAGUCUAAAUUCCCUGAAGAUAAGAGAAGCUCCUCAACGCCGAUUCAAGACCUUUUUCCUCCCAGAAACCCAAAGCUAAUCGCCCAGACGUUGGUGUGAGGAUGGACUGACCGUCGAUCCUGAUAACGGAGCAGAAAAAGCCCGAGGUCUGCUCGGUGAACGUGGAGAGUUUGUUCUGCUGCUUAACGUCACAAACGCCACAUGUGAAUCACCAGUGGAGUGGAGGAGCCAAUGAAUCAUUGGUUUCUGCAUGCAGGUUCUGAUUUAUUAUUGGAAAUAAAGCUAUUUUUAUGCACAUUAACAUUUUAAAA